GACACUCCAAACCCCCAGGAUGUCCUGGAACCCCCCAACACCCCAUUUUAGGUACACGGCCGCCUGUUCCCGGCUGCUGGUGCAGUUCAAGGCCGCCCUGAAGCAGGUGCAGGGCUCCGAGAUCAGCUCCAUCGACGACUUCUGCCGCAAGUUCCGGCUGGACUGUCCCCUGGCCAUGGAGAGGAUCAAGGAGGACAGACCCAUCACCAUCAAGGACGACAAGGGAAACCUCAACCGCUGCAUCGCCGACAUCGUCUCCGUACGGAGCCAGGGGGAUCCCGGGGGGAUCCGGGGG